AUGAGAAAAAACAUUCAGAUUAUUGCAAGAUAAUUCACAUCUACAAAACCUGAACUUUUCAAGGCCCAAAAAUUGGAUGUCAAAACAUUUGAGUAUGAACCCUUCAAAUUUGGAAUUGAAAGACAAUCUAUGAUUCACGGAUAUACUAUGGAGGAAAUGUAUGGCAGGUUUUAUGGAAUCAAGCAUUCCCCUUUGAUCUAAAAGGAGUUGAAGAAGGACAAUCUUAUUGCUCUUGCUAUUCUUUUGGGAGGCAGUGUGAUUACAUUCUAUUAUAAUGAAUGGGGAGCUUAAGAUUAAGCUAAUUGGCUUUAAUACUAUUAUUCUGAUUUAACAACCAAGAGAAACAAUCUCAAAUGAUUGACACCAAUUUAAACAUAUCAUAAAGACAUAAAAUAAUAGCAUUCUUAUUAAUAUACAUA